GUCACGUGAAGCCCAGGCGGCUGCGGAGCUACGGCAAGAGAGUGAGAAAGAAGGGGAAGCCGGAAGUGGCACGACCGAAGUAAAGGGGGAGAAGACAGUUCCCGAGCGGCAAGGGGUGCGCGUGCGCCCGCUUCUCCCGCCAUCUCUCCCCUGGGCCCCGCUGCCCUCCCUUGCGGCCGGGUGACAGCUGGGCCCAGGCCGCCGCGCGCUGCCGUGUGCGCCAAUAGCGCGCGCCCAGUCUUCGCUCGAGACGCCGGCCGCCCCUCCCCCUCGUCCUGUCUGUCCCGUCGCGUGCAGUGCCAUCGGGUGGCGGCGACCGGGUGCCGAUGCAAGGCGGCGGCAGCGGGGACAUUUUCUGACUGCCAGGUCCCUGUCCCAGUUCCCCCGGCUGCCUUUCCCACUCCAUCGCGGGGCCGGCCGCUAUUCCGGCCCCAGGAUGCAGAAUGUGAUUAAUACGGUGAAGGGAAAAGCACUGGAAGUGGCUGAGUACCUGACCCCGGUCCUUAAGGAAUCAAAGUUUAAGGAAACAGGUGUUAUCACCCCAGAGGAGUUUGUGGCAGCUGGAGAUCACUUAGUCCACCACUGUCCAACAUGGCAAUGGGCUACAGGGGAAGAAUUGAAAGUGAAGGCAUACUUACCAACAGGCAAACAAUUUUUGGUAACCAAAAACGUGCCAUGUUACAAGCGGUGCAAGCAGAUGGAAUAUUCAGAUGAAUUGGAAGCUAUCAUUGAAGAAGAUGAUGGUGAUGGGGGAUGGGUAGAUACGUAUCACAACACAGGUAUUACAGGAAUAACUGAAGCAGUUAAGGAAAUUGCACUGGAAAGCAAGGACAGUUUAAAGCGCCAAGAUUGUUCAGCAUUAUGUGAAGAAGAAGAAGAGGAAGAUGAAGGAGAAGCUGCAGAUAUGGAAGAAUAUGAAGAGAGUGGAUUGUUGGAAACAGAUGAGGCUACCCUCGACACAAGGAAAAUAGUAGAAGCUUGUAAAACUAAAACUGAUGUUGUAGGUGAAGAUGCUAUUUUGCAAACCAGAACUUAUGACCUUUAUAUCACUUAUGACAAAUAUUACCAGACACCACGACUAUGGCUGUUUGGCUAUGAUGAGCAACGGCAGCCUUUAACAGUUGAUCACAUGUAUGAAGACAUCAGUCAGGAUCAUGUGAAGAAAACAGUGACCAUUGAAAAUCACCCUCACCUCCCACCACCUCCUAUGUGUUCAGUUCACCCAUGCAGACAUGCUGAAGUGAUGAAGAAAAUCAUUGAAACUGUUGCAGAAGGAGGGGGAGAACUUGGUGUCCAUAUGUAUCUUCUAAUUUUCUUGAAAUUUGUACAAGCUGUCAUUCCAACAAUAGAAUAUGACUACACAAGACACUUCACAAUGUAAUGAAGAGCAUAGAAUCUAUCCUAAUUAUUGAUUCUGAUUUUUAAAGACUUAAUCCAUAGAUGUGACCAUUGACCAUAUUCACCAAUAUACACAAUUUCUCUAAUAAAGGGGCUUAUAUGUUUAUGCAUUAAAUAAAAAAAAAAAAGUGUUCCACUACCAGCCUUAUUUGUUUAAUAAAAAAUGAGUGUAAAGAGA